UUCACGAUCCGGACAAAAGCAGCAGUCUAUUUGAAGGAGGGGAGCGAGGGAAGGGAAAGGAUGAGAGAUAUCGAAGGGGAAGGGGUGAGGGGAGGAGGUGGUGAAGCUGCUGCGAAGAGGAUCGGGUUUUGGGCUCUGUGCGUUGCAUUCAGCGGAAAGGGCUGAGGGUUGAGAUUUUAUGGGAGCGAAGGAGGGGUUGACAGAAGAGAGUGAGCACACAUCGGGGAAAAUGGCAUGACGUGGUGCUGUUUCCGCUGCGUGCUCACUUCUCUUCCUGUCAUCCAACCUUUGUUGUUCUAUCCUCCUGUUCUCGUCGCUCGAGAGCAACGCUCGCUAUCUCUUCUCGGGAGUCCCAUGCAUCGGUCUUAUCUGUCUGCUCGUCUCGGGAGUUCCAUGCAUCGAUCUUAUCCGUCGGCUCGUCAGAUUUGUGUGGCAAAGUGUGGUGGAUGGUUUCCGAGGGAAAAAGCGUGACUUUUGAGAAGGAAAGAGAGUACAGACCGCCUCUGUCCGGACCGAAUUGAAGGGAACAAUCGAGAGGGAGGAAGAAACUAGAAAGAGUACAUUACGCUACUCCUAUCACUCAGCGGUCUGUGCGGCCUGAACGGAGGCUACUGUUUGGCAAGUCCUAGCUUUCUUCUUGUUCUCUUCCCUUCUGUGUGUUUCUUUAGUUUCUUUGCUUUCCCUUGUUUCUUGAUGGUUUUAACUAGGGUUUGGUGGUAAGCUAAUAAAAUUUAUGGAGAAGAGGAGCCCUCGGUGGUUUGUCUCUAUGGCGGCUUCGUGAGGGCGGAGAAAGCUUCAGCUUUGAUGAGGCACCAUGAAUCAUUAGCAUCUCUUCCUUCCAAUCGUGUUUUCCCCCUUUCGUGCAACCGUUUUCUCACUUUUAUUUGUUGUUGCUUCGCCAGGUUGAAAGAAGAUUCAGUUUUGAUGGCAUGCCAUGAGUACUGAAGGCCUUGGCAUGCAGACUGUUGAAUUGUUUCUUGAGGAAGGUUCAGUUUGAUUGGAUGGGUUCCAUUUGUACACGUUCCCAAGCAUUGAAUUAACUAGGAGCCUACUUGAGUUACCUGUAAUCCUGGUGAAGAUUCUGAUAUUUGGACGAUUCACUCUUACAGCAAAGGUGAUGGGUUCCUUCUCUUUUUGCCAGUCAUCAUGUUUGAAUUUCAUUCUUUAGAACUAGUUCAUGCAAGCAGUCAAAUAAUUAAGAAUUUCUUAUGAUUACAUACUCACGUAUGGGUUCUAUUUGGGCACAUCCCAAACAUUGGACACACAAACUAGGAGCCUACUUGAGUUACCAGUAAGCCCAAUGGAGAUUGUGAUAUUAGGAAGUUUCACUCUUACGGCAAAGGCAAUGGGUUCUUUAUCUCUUUGCCAGUUAUUAUGUUUAAGUUUCAUUCUAGUUUAUGCUAGCCAUCACUAAUUUUCUGUUUGAGCAAUCUCAUUCAUAAUCUAUUUGGUUUAGUUAUUACUAGGUUUGACCAAAGGAACUAUAAGCCUUGUGACACAGCACCUGUUAAAUUGUAGAUUUAGUUGGUACCUUAGAUGGAACAUGCAAUUUCUUCACUGAGGUAAAGUCCAUCUAAUAACUCUGCUUUUUGUAAUGUUGAAGCCCAUGUCAACAAAUUAUCUUGUAACUUGUUUAAACUGAUGUUAGUCUAGUUUAUGUAAACAUGACAUUCUUGACUUCAGAAAAAAAAACAACAAACAAAAUAUUGCAGUCUAAAGAUGUAUUAUGGUAAAAGCCCUCUGUAAUAUAAGAGUCUCACAUUAGCCAUUUUUGCUGACCUCCCACAAGUUCACAUAAAGAGAAAAUAGUCAAAUACUUUAACUAGAAGAAAGUAUCAAUUUUUGCACCAUCCAUAGACUAAGGCUUCAAAGAUGCCUUAGUCCAAUCAACAAUCAAAAUUUCAAAAGAAGUUCUUAUCUGCAUGCAAUCAAGGAAUCACAAGCAUAUGCAGCUGCAUAUGCAAUUUAAUUAAAAUAUUCAAAAUUAAUAUUUAAUUGAGUGUAAGUAAAGACUGCACAAUAAAGUCCAAAGUCCAAACUUAUUAUUAUGCUAAGACCCAAGCAAAAAAUAUAUUGAUUUAUUCUCAAUGAAGAACUUAUUUAGGUGAUAAGUUACAAAAAAUAAAUGUGAUGUCUCACAUUUAUGGAUAUACAUAGUAGUAUCAAGAUAAUAAGAAUACUUGACGCAAUAUGGACAAAAAGGAAAUAUGAAUCACAUACAUGAUCAUGUUUUCAUGCAUUUUGUUGUUGAUCUUGAUCUCAAUCAAAAUCAAACACUAACUAAUACUGACUCAUCUUGUAGAGGUGGGAAACCUUUCACCAUAUUUCUUAUACAAAUAAGAAAACUUCCAUUUUUUAUAUAAAAAGGAACUUCAAAUCUGUACGGUCUUAAGAAUGUGCUUUCCGCCAAACUUUAGAACAGUUAUGAGAUUUUAAAAAAUAAUGGAGUUUGUAAGUCCCUGAAAGUCCAUCCAAAAAGACAUUCACAUGAUAUUGCAAUCAAGUGAAAAUGCAAAAAAGACAUCCAACUAUAUUUAAAAUAAGUUUAAAAAUGUGGAGGACAAUUUUAAUAAUCCAAACCUUUGAUUCUAAAUAAAAGAUUUUUGUUUGCGUUCAACUUCAUGUAUAGUCUUGCACCUAGUGUUUUGCUGAAUAAACUUAAGAUUAUGAUUGCAUUGCAAACCUCAAAUAUUUGUGGAACGUAUCCUUUGACUACCUGCUAGAAACAAAAUUAUAAUCCUCCUUGCGGUAGGUGUGACGACAUAUGGUAAACCAUCCUUUAAUGUUGGGUAAAACUAAAUGAGAAUAUUUUUAAUCAUCGGAUAGAGGAGAAUACCCAUGAUGAUAGAUUUCUUAAAUGCCUUAAAAGUGGUUUGGACUACAUACUAUGCCAAUUAUGAUGUUUAUUGCUUCACUCUGAGCUUCAUCUGCAACUCAGUUUUAGUACCAGUAUAGAUAACCAGAUAUGCUUCUACUAUAUAGUGCAUAAGUACUACUUGUAUCAGGCAUCCAAUAUGACUAGAAUGAUUUAGUACAAGAUUCCAUAGUCUUAUGGUCACUAAAGAGCAGAGUUCAUUCAUCUAUUCACAAAACCACCCUUAGGUUUUUAAACAGGACAUGUCUUGAGCACUCCAGUGUUAGAAAUGUGUCCUGCUUUUUUUUUAUAGGAUAACUCAUUUUUUGAAGAAAUCCACAGAUUAACUACUAUCAUAUAUACAUAUAUGAUAGUUUUGUUUUUUAUUUAAACAAUGAUUACAUUCUCAUGGUUCAAUCAAUCUGCAACUCAUAGCGCUGUUGUUGAAGUUUCAUCUGCAAAAUCCAAAAUUUUGUCCAUUCAGUAUUUUUGAAUUGGUUGUUAAACUUAUAUACAAAGUAUUUUAACAGUUUUCUGUGUCAUCAUAUUCAUCAUCAUCAUUUAUUUAUCUCUACGAAGAACAGAAACAAUUGCAAGUUGCUCACAUUGCUUUUAGUAUCAUUUUUGGCAUCAGCCACAUUCAAUAUAUUUGUAUAUACAACAAAAGCUGUUUCUCAUAAUCAUAUUAUCAUAUAUAUUGCAUACUCUGUAAAUAUAUGGAUAUACAUGCAUAAAUUAUGUUGUUCGGAUAUAUACUUUAUCGCACAUAGAUAUUUUCGAUCCAAGAGCGGAAUAGUUUUUCUUAGCUGCAGGUCCACAUUCCAGGCUAAGAUGAAAAGAAAGUUGUCCCCUAAUCUACAAUUGGCUGGACAAGUGCAGUACAUGACUGAUUUUAAUACUAUAAGUGUCAUGAUGCAAAAUUACAUUCAGGACAAAUCUGGGCACUCAAAUUAUUGGAAACCCUGUGGACUUCUGCCUUGUAUCCAAGUCUGCCAGAUGAAGUAUGCAUAGUCUUAUGUGAUGAAUGCUCGACACCAUCUUAAUACAUCAACCCUUCUUGCAUAGUAUAUACAGUCAAUCAGAAUAUUUUUCAAAGACCACCCACGAUCCUUAGUUUUGGUAUUGCACUGAGCUGCAAUAGCCGAGUUGGAGUUCCCUCAUCAGUACUCCACAGUCUUGCCUUCUGCAACUUUUAAGAUUUGCGCUGGGUGAUAACGGUAGCCAGCAUCAACUGACUUGAUGUUAUGAACAUCAUUGCACUUGGAAUUGCUCUGGCUCAGAGUAGCAAGAAGUAAGUUGAAACUUUCUUACUACUUGUAGCACAUUCAAACCUCUUUGACAUGUCAAGUCAGAUCUCACAUGUGCCUCGAGCAAUCUUGAUUGCUAAUUCUUGUAUCUCAAAAAUAUGAACUUGGUUCUUCUUGAUAUACCUGAUCAUAUAAAUGUCCGUUUUAUCCUUGCUAAAUAAUAUCAUUGAACUACUUGUUAGAAACUUCUGCCCCCAGUUUCUUUCUCCUCAAUUUCGGCUGCAGAAUAAAAUAUAUGUUUUCCUGUGUCUUUGAUAUCAUUCUACUCCAUAAACCAAAUUUUUUAUUUCUAUCUUUUAGUCACUCUUCAGCCAAAAUUAUUGUCCUUUACUUCUUUCAGGUUUCAUAUUGUAUUGUAUUUGGACAUAAUUAAAACCUCAGCAAACUAUUGCCGUUAAAAUAAAGCCAUGCUUGUCAACUGCAUGUAGCUUUGCAAUGGAAUGUAAUUUUUUGCUUCAAUUUUCAGAAUGCAUUGCCUCAACUAGGUGAGGAUCUUGUAUCUUUCUUGGAAUCUGUGAAGCCCUCUUGAACCUAGUAUUUUUCAUGUGCAGAGGCCUCAGUAGAUGGACUCAUAACUGAAGCUUAGGGGAAUUCAUGAACCAGCACUUUGUGUAUUCCAUUAUUUCUUGCAUCAUUUUUUGCAGAGGCUGCCUAUAUGUGGACUCAUAGCUCAAGCUGAGUAAAAUCAUGAAUUAACACUAAGUCUACUCCUUUUUGUUGCUCAGUUAUUGUGGCAUCACAUUUUUAGAAUUCAAUAUUUUUGUAACAGGAAGGGAUCUUCUUGUUCCAGAACAUGUAGUCUAUUCCAUUGUUUCUUGCAGAGGCUUCCUGUAUGUGAACACAUAGUAAAAUCAUGAAUUAACACUAAAGUCUUCUCCUCUGUGGAUCAGUUAUUGUGGCAUCACAUUUUUAGAAUUCAAUAUUAUUGUAACAGGAAGGGAUCUUCCUGUUCCAGAACAUGUAGGUUGUCGCAGCAAAGUAACCCCUUCAGGCAACUGGGAGAAGAGAUCUCACCUUGGAACUCCGCUUGUUUCUCCGAAGUUGAUGCCACUCUUGGGAGUUGUCCUUUGUUUAGUGCACUAUUUAGAUGCUCAAGCCCAAUCGAUAAGGAUGAAAAUUGUUCUGUUCAGAUGGAAGAAACAAGCAAUCCCUGGCUUUCAGGACAUAUUAUAAGGUACGAGAAGAGAUGAUGGAUGGUGAUGCUUGAGGUCUACCAUCCAAAACUGCAUGUACCAUGGAUGAAUAUGAAGUUGGCUUUUGUUGGGUCCAUCUCCUUUGGAUGCUUCCUGCUAAAGCAAACACUACUAUCUUUGACCAUUGAAUGCCUCGUUAGUGCCCCAAACAUAUUUCCAGUGGUAGCUGUGACUCUCCAACUGAACCAAUAAAUUCCUCCAUUACCAUCACCUUUAAUUCCACCUCCUCAAUUUACUCUGUCUCCCUCCCUCCCUGUGAGUGACCAGCUUUGUUGUGCCCAUCACAGGCCAAAGGUAUGCAACUUCAUGACACUGUGUCUUUUGCAUCAGCCUCCAUGUCAAGACAAUCUUGAGCUCCCACACACUGCUCAAAAGAACAAAGAAAGAAAGCUCCUUUUUCGUUCCAACCUCAGAGGCGCGAAUGGUGGGGCUUGGCACCUCGAAGGUGCUUCAAAAAUUGGAACCUUUUGAUGCCUAAAGAGAUGGUGGAUGCAGAGCAGGAGGAAGGGAGGAGAUGAAGAACAGCAUCUUUUCAUGACCGAAAAGCAACCCAUCUCUUGUUUGCUUGCUCUUCGUUGGUUCUUAAUCCUUCGCACCUAAUGGGCGUCGGGUUCUUUGCCUUCUACCUCUCGAUAACUCUGCUGCUGAGGUGCUUGGCGUCGCAGCAGCCGAACACAGACGCCGCCUUCGUCUCUGAGUUCUUCCGGCGGAUGGGGGUGGCGCCCUCCUCCACCAAUGGCAACUCCUCCCAGGUUUGCUCGUGGAGAGGGGUCUCCUGCGAUGGCCAGACCGAGAGAGUCGUCAGCUUGGUGGCUCCCGGCUUCGGGUUCGCCGGCCCGAUCCCGGAAAUCACUAUCGGAAAGCUCAGCGUACUCCGAGUCUUGGAUCUCGGCGACAACAACAUCACUGCUCUUCCUUCGGACUUCGGGGAAUUGAGUGGUUCCCUCAGAAGCCUCAACCUCUCCUCGAACGAGAUCGCGGGGCCGCUUCCGACCAACAUCGGCAACUUCAAGCGGAUGGAAAGCCUCGACCUUUCGCGCAACCGGUUCUCAGGGGAGAUCCCGAGCGAGGUCCGCUCGCUGUCGAGCCUGCGGGUCCUCAAUCUCAGCAAGAACUCGUUGGAGUCGAGCAUUCCGAACGCCAUUCUCGGAUGCGUCUCCCUGGUUGCAGUUGAUCUUUCCAGCAACAGGUUGAGCGGGAGCGUCCCGGAUGGAUUUGGCGCCACUUUCGCAAACCUAAGCACCUUGGAUCUCUCAGAAAACGAGAUCAGCGGAAAGAUGCCAGAUUUAUCCGGGUUGAAUUCGAUCACCUAUCUCAAUCUCUCUGGCAAUCUUCUCCGGGACUUGGAUCUCGGGGGAAUCCGAGGCCCGUUGCAGGUCAUCGACCUUAGCAAUAACCAGUUCCAUGGCCUCAUCUCCCAGGUGAACACCAGCUCCAUCUCCACCUGGUCUUCUCUGGUUUACCUUGACGUGUCGAUGAACGAGCUCACCGGAGAGUUCUUCUCCGGUCUGGGGGAUUUGAGGUCACUAAAGCAUCUCAAUCUUGCAUUCAACAAGUUCUCCAGCCAAGAAUUCCUUCACAUAGAAAUGCCUUCUGCCCUACAGUAUCUCAACUUGUCCAAGACCAAUCUCACCGGCCAAAUUCCAACUGGGAUCUCUCAAUUGCAUGACCUGAAGGUGUUUGAUGUUUCGCAGAAUCAUAUCACUGGCAAGAUCCCUGAGCUAAGCACUGGGAACCUGCGAGUGAUAGACCUUUCAGUGAACAAUCUCACAGGUGAAAUCCCAGAGUCCUUGCAACAGAAGCUAUCCAGUAUGGAAAGGUUCAACUUCUCCUUCAACAAUCUCACUUACUGUGCCGAGAAAUUUUCGCCGGAAACACUCAUUUCGUCAUUCAUUGGGUCACAAAGUGACUGCCCCAUUGCAGUCAAUCCAGAUGGUGUUGGAUUCAAGGGUAGCAAACGCAGGGCUCUCAAGCUAGGACUGGCCAUAGCUUUCUCGGUGUUCUUUUUGUUUGCAGGGCUCAUCUGCCUUGCCGUUGCAUGGCGAAGGAGGGGUAAAUCCUGCGCAAUUAAGCAACCGUCGUUCAAAGAGGAGCAAAAUGUCUCCGGCCCCUUCCGCUUCCAGACCGAUUCGACUACUUGGGUUGCCGAUGUCAAGCUUGCUACUUCGGUGCCUGUUAUCAUCUUCGCGAAGCCAUUACUGAACUUUACCUUUGCUGACCUCUUGAGUGCAACCUCCCAUUUUGAUCAAGGAACCUUGUUGGCAGAGGGAAAGUUUGGACCAGUCUAUCAAGGAUUUCUACCUGGAGGAAUCAAUGUUGCUGUGAAGGUCUUGGUUCAUGGAUCAGCAGUGACAGACCAGGAAGCUGCCAAAGAGCUUGAGCGGCUCGGCCAGAUCAAGCACCCCAAUUUAGUGCCCUUAGCUGGUUACUGCUUAGCCGGGGAUCAAAGGAUUGCUAUAUAUGAUUACAUGGAUAAUGGAAACCUACAGAAUCUACUUCAUGAUCUACCACUGGGUGUGCAGUCAACUGAAGAUUGGACUAGUGAUACAUGGGAGCAAGAUAAUGCCGAUGCGCAAAGCAUCACGACGGAAGGGAUGACUACUUGGAGAUUCCGACACAAUAUUGCAUUAGGUACUGCAAGGGCAUUGGCAUUUCUCCAUCAUGGAUGUUCUCCCCAGAUAGUUCACAGAGAUGUGAAGGCAAGUAGCAUCUAUCUUGACUCGGCACUGGAGCCUAGGUUAGCUGACUUUGGACUAUCAUGUUUAGUGGGGGCUAGCAUGGAGGGUGAAUUGUCUCAAGGAUCACCAGGUUAUGCUCCUCCAGAGUUCUCUGAGCCAGAAAAUGCAUCUGCAACAACAAAAUCCGAUGUUUAUGGGUUUGGGGUGGUGCUGUUUGAGCUUCUUACAGGGAAGAAACCAAUUGGAGAUGAAUAUGGUGGAGACAAGGAUACUACUUUGGUCGGUUGGGCGAGGGCUUUGGUUAGAAGAAACGAGCUCACAAGAUUAGUUGAUCCAAAGAUUCGUGAAACGGGACCGGAGAAACAAAUGGAGGAAGCACUAAGAAUUGCCUAUCUAUGUACAGCUGACUCGCCGUCGAAGAGGCCAUCCAUGCAGCAGAUUGUUGGUCUUCUGAAGGACAUUGAGCCUGUCACAAUUUAGCAUUGAAUUGUUCAACACUUCCAACUUCGAUUCAGAUUUCAGGUCUUUGCUCUUCUCUUUUCUCACUUGUUUUCUGCUGUCUCCACUACAUCAUCUGAACAAAGGGCUUGCUAUCACACUCGGGUCACAUUCUCUAUUAACCUUCUAUGAACUACUUCAUGUAUCUCUACAUUGGACAAUCCUUUCAUCUAUGACAAAUUAGGUACUGUCCCUUAAAGCUACUAGAAAAGCAACCUUCAAUAUAACCCUCUGUUCCCUUGUCAA